AUGAUAAAAGAUAGCUCGGACUAUGCUCGAAGAUGCAAGGCGUGCCAGUUCGACGGAAAUUUUAUUCAUCAGCCUCCCGAAAUGCUACAUCUGACCAUUGAAUCUUGGCUAUUCAAUGCUUGGGGAUGGUAUGUUUUUGGACCAUCACCGAAAUCUUCUGGCGGACACUUGUACAUCUUGGUUACAAUCGAUUACUUCUCAAAACUGGCAGAAGUUGUUGCUCUCAAGGAAGUAAAGAAGGAGGAAGUUUCAAACUUUAUCCGAGUAAAUAUUAUCUAUCGCGUCUGCAUUCCUCAUUACAUAAUAAUUGUUAAUGGCAAGCCAUUUGAUAACAAGCUGAUAAAUAAGAUUUGUGAUCUUUUUGGCUUCAAGCGGCAUAACGUUUCUAUGUAUUAUGCUGCUGCCAUGACCUAG